GGAGUGGUGGCUAGGAGGGCAGCAGAAGUAGAAGGGACGCUUCACCAUGGAAUAUGAAGUCAAGAAAGGGAAAAAGGGCCCCCUCCUAAGGCUGAUGUUCCCAAAGGCUACCCGCCGAGCAGGAGCAGCCACUCGGAGCAGUGUGAGCCGCCGGCCCCUGCACUCCAUGCCCCUCUAUCCCCCUGACUACCUCAUCGACCCCCAGAUUCUGCUGUGUGACUACCUGGAGAAAGAGGUCAAGUUCCUGGGCCACCUCACCUGGGUAACCUCCUCACUGAAUCCCUCCAGCCGAGAUGAGCUCCUGCAGCUGCUGGACACCGCCAGGCAGCUGAAGGAGCUGCCGCUGAAAACCACGGCGGAGCAGGACAGCAUCCUGAGCCUAUCGGCCCGCUGCCUGCUGCUCACCUGGCGCGACAACGAGGAGCUCAUCCUGCGUAUCCCCACGCACGAGAUCGCCGCCGCCUCCUACCUGCAGGACGACGCGCUGCACUUGCUGGUGCUUAAGACAGGUACGGCGGGCGGAGCCUGCCCUGGCUGUGCUGCUAUAGGGCCGGGAGCUGAAGGGGCAGAAAAGUCUCAACUCCUUGUUUUGGGGAUGUGUGUGCCCUGGGGCAUGAGCAGGCCUGAGGGUCCGGCCAUGGCCAUAUGCCCCUCCUCACACUGUGCCUCCUCCUCCCUGGGCCAGGAUGCUGCCGAGGAGUCCUGCGCCCUCAUCUGUCAGGUCUUCCAGAUCAUCUACGGGGACCAGAGCAUCGAGUGCGUGGACCGGGCUGGCUACCACUACACAUCCACGCCCGAGAGGCCGUGGCUCUGCAGCCGCAGUGACAGCUGCCGAACCGACGGGACUUAUGCCUAUGAUGCCGACUUCAGCUGCUGCAGCUCUUUCAAUGGCUCCCAGGACACAUUUGAAGCGUGUUACAGCGGCACGUCCACACCCUCUUUCCAUGACUCGCACUGCAGUGGCAGCGACCACAGCGCCUUGGGCCUGGAGCAAUUGCAGGAUUACAUGGUCACGUUGCGGAGUAAGCUGGGCCCCCUCGAGAUCCAGCAGUUUGCCCUGCUGCUGCGGGAGUACAGGCUGGGGCUGCCCAUCCAGGACUAUUGUUCGGGCUUAUUGAAGCUCUACGGAGACCGGCGCAAGUUCUUCCUCCUAGGGAUGCGGCCCUUCAUCCAGGACCAGGACAUUGGCUACUUCGAGGGCUUCCUGGAGGGCGUGGGCAUCCGCGAGGGCGGCAUCCUCACCGACAGCUUCGGCCGCAUCAAGCGCAGCAUGAGCUCCACGUCGGCGUCCGCUGUGCGCAGCUACGACGGCGCGGCCCAGCGGCCCGAGGAGCAGACCUUCCACCGGCUGCUGGCGGACAUCACGCACGACAUUGAGGCGCUGGCCCCCGACGACGACGACGAGGACAGCACAGACGAGGAGGCUCGGGGCUCCCCGGGCGGGAAUGAGGCAUCCGAAGACAACUACCUGUAGCCUGUGGCUGCGCCCAGGCGGAAGGCGGAGCGCGUGGCCCUGCCACCUCGCCUUGGACUCUCACUCUGGUCUGGGGAGGUGCCCAUCCUCAGGGCCCCUCCUCACCCCACCCC